CAUGACGUCAUUUCCGGUUCUGCCAUUUUGCGGUUGCGGAUCGGUCUCGAGCUGCUGGUGCGUCUCUCACCGAAUACCGAUAAUAAAGUCUAAUAAAGACAAAACCGCCCAGUUAAACCGGUAACAUGUCCGAUUUUGACAGCAACCCCUUCGCGGACCCGGACUUCAGCAACCCGUUUCAGGAUCCAUCUGUGACACAAGUAACGCGGACCGCCCCACCUGGCCUGGAGGAGUACAACCCUUUCACAGACACAAAGCCGGUCCCGCCAGGCUCCGCCCCUAAAUCAGUCCCGCCCACAGCCAACACACAGCCGGCCAUCAUGAAACCCACCGAAGAACCGCCAGCUUACACUCAACCUCAGCAGACACAGGAUCAGGCGCGAGCCCAGGCGGAGUUAUUGAGGAGACAGGAGGAGCUGGAGAGAAAAGCGGCUGAGCUGGACCGCAGGGAGAGGGAGAUGCAGUCUCUCAGCGCAUCAGGAGGGAGGAAAAACAACUGGCCGCCCCUUCCAGAGAAGUUUCCGGUGGGUCCGUGUUUCUAUCAUGACAUAUCGGUGGACAUCCCUGUGGAGUACCAGAAAACCGUCAAGAUCAUGUACUAUCUGUGGAUGUUCCACACGGGGACGCUGUUUGCCAAUAUAUUCGGCUGUUUGUCGUGGUUCUGUGUAGAUGCGUCGAGGGGAGUGGAUUUUGGUCUGGCUAUGCUCUGGUUCAUGCUCUUCACACCCUGUUCAUUUGUCUGCUGGUACAGACCUCUGUAUGGAGCAUUCAGGAGUGACAGCUCUUUUAGGUUCUUUGUAUUCUUUUUCGUCUAUAUCUGCCAGUUUGGUGUCCAUGUGCUGCAAGCCAUUGGCAUUACAGGUUGGGGAGCCAGUGGCUGGAUCUCAGCGCUGACUGGGCUGAACACAAGCAUUCCCGUCGGUAUCAUCAUGAUCCUGAUUGCGGCCCUCUUCACUGCGUCGGCCGUCAUCUCUCUCAUCAUGUUUAAAAAGGUUCAUGCUCUGUACCGAACCACCGGCGCCAGCUUCGAGAAGGCGCAGCAGGAGUUCGCCACAGGCGUCAUGGCCAACAAAACGGUGCAAACCGCCGCCGCUAACGCCGCCUCCACUGCUGCGCGGGGAGCCUUCAAAGAGCAGAUCUGAUUGGUCCAGAGAACUCCGACUCCGCCCAUGCUACUUUGACCCCGCCCUCCGCAUUCCUCCUAACUGUCUUUACAGCCAAUCAUCAGCUCUGACUGGCUUUUCAAGACCACACCCACUUUCUUUCUUUAACUUAAUGCACUCCUGUGACUGACUGAGACCCCGCCCACAGCCCCUCCCCUCCUGUCAAUCAGCAGGUGUGCUCACCUGUUCUUUAGUUGGAGUGUGUGUGUGUGUGUGUGUGUGUGUGUGUGUGUGUGUGUGUGUGUGUGGAACGCCUGUCUGUGUGUAAACAGCCUAAAGAGUCACUUUAUAUGUUCACAUCACUGUUGGGUGUCAGUUUGUCCCUGUUAAACAACAGGAAGUGAUGUCAUCCAGUGUCCUUUUAAGGGAUCCAAGGAAAAAAGAAUGGUUAUGCUCUCACAGGUCUGUCUUACCGCUCAUCUCCUCAAACAAAC